UUAAAGAGCCUCUCAAAUUUUACAUACAUCCCCCCUUCAUUACUUAUAUAUUUUUUUUUUAUAACGCAAAAACGUUCGUAUAACUUAAGAACCCCUCUCAAUUAUCUUACAUACAUCCCCUAGCAUAUAUUAAAUUAAUUAAAUGGAUUCAAAAUCCACUAGCCAUGAAACAGCAGUUAACAUACCUGAAACUGAGUCCACCAAGCUAAAAUCUUCUUCUGCUGCACCAGCUGCCACAGUUGUAACUACCACAAAAGCCAUUCCUCAUAAUCCAAAGGCGGGAUUGCGAAGAGGGGUUGCCAUUUUCGACUUUAUUUUGCGACUUUGUGCACUUGUUUUUGCUCUGGCUGCAGCAACUACUAUGGGAACUACUGAUGAAACUCUUCCUCUCUUUACUCAGUUCUUUCAGUUCGAAGCUAGCUAUGAUGAUCUCCCUGCUUUCUCGUACUUUGUGGUGGCAAAUGCUAUUGCAAGUGCAUACCUUGUCCUGUCUUUGCCUCUCUCCAUUGUUUGCAUUGUUCGACCACAUCUAGUUGGAGCCAAACUUCUACUUUUAAUUCUUGAUACGGUAAUGGUGGGAUUUACGACAGCUGGAGCAGCAGCUGCUGCUGCCAUAGUAUACUUAGCACACAACGGCAACUCCACCACACAAUGGCAGUCGAUAUGUCAGCAGUUCGGAGAUUUCUGCCAGCGAGUGAGCGGCGCGGUGGUGGCUUCCUUCCUUGCAGCAUUCAUCUUCAUCAUCCUUGUUGUUUUCUCUGCUCUGGCUCUCCGUAGGCAUUAGGACCAUUUGCUGUUGUUGUGAACUGUUUAUCUUAUCUAUGUAUAUCAUUUGUUGUCUUCAGCUUUGCUAAAAUUUGUAUUUGGUGUCUUUUCAUUUUGAUUUUGUUGUAAUUAAAGUGCUGCAUGCUUAGUUCUACGUACUGUUUGAGAGUUCUUUCGGACGUCCAUUUGGUUAUU